AUGAAAGUGAGGAAAUCAAUCAUCUUAUGCCUCUGGUGGGUCCUCUCGGCGCCCCUCAUUGUACUAUCGCAGCAUAUUCCAUUGAAAGACCACACAACACGACAAUAUUUUGCCAUAGAGAGUAACGAAACACUGUCUCGCUUGGGGGAAAUACAUCCCAACUGGCAAUAUGAACACGACGUUCGCGGGCUACUCAACCACUAUGUUUUUUCCAAAGAGGUAUUAAGUCUGGGUAAAAGAUCGUCAUUGGAAGAGCUUCAAGAAAACAACGAUGACCACAUAUUAUCAGUUCACGAUCUAUCUCCGCGUAAUGACUUAUUCAAGAGACUGCCUAUCCCUGCCCACCCAGUGGAUUCAAGCUUGUUACCAAUAAAGGAAGCCGAAGAUAAACUUAGCAUCAACGAUCCACUUUUCGAAAGACAGUGGCAUUUAAUCAACCCAAGUUUCCCCGGGAGCGAUAUAAACGUCGUGGAUUUAUGGUACAACAAUAUCACAGGCGCCGGCGUUGUGGCUGCCAUCGUAGAUGAUGGCCUUGACUACGAAAACGAGGACUUGAAAGAUAACUUCUGUGCCGAAGGCUCGUGGGAUUUCAACGAUAACACCAAUUUGCCAAAGCCAAGACUGGCCGAUGACUAUCAUGGCACAAGAUGUGCUGGUGAGAUUGCUGCCAAGAAAGGUAAUGAUUUCUGUGGUGUCGGAGUAGGUUACAAUGCCAAAAUUUCAGGUAUAAGAAUAUUAUCCGGUGAAAUUACUACAGAAGACGAAGCUGCUUCAUUGAUUUAUGGCUUGGACACUAAUGACAUAUAUUCCUGCUCAUGGGGUCCCGCGGAUGAUGGAAGACAUUUGCAAGGCCCUAGCGACUUGGUAAAGAAGGCAUUGGUGAAAGGCGUAACAGAGGGAAGAGGCUCCAAGGGGGCUAUUUAUGUUUUUGCAAGUGGGAAUGGUGGUGCUCGGGGUGAUAAUUGUAAUUACGACGGUUAUACUAAUUCCAUAUAUUCCAUUACUAUUGGGGCUAUUGACCACAAAGAUCUGCACCCUCCUUAUUCGGAGAGUUGUUCUGCCGUUAUGGCUGUCACGUAUUCAUCAGGAUCAGGUGAGUAUAUCCAUUCAAGCGAUAUCAAUGGGAAGUGUAGUGAUAGCCAUGGUGGAACUUCUGCGGCCGCCCCCUUAGCAGCCGGUGUUUACACUUUGUUGCUAGAGGCGAAUCCGAGCCUAAGCUGGAGAGAUGUACAAUACUUAUCCAUCUUAUCUGCUGUGGGACUAGAAAAAAAUUCCGACGGAGAUUGGCAAGACAGCGCUAUGGGAAAAAAAUAUUCUCAUCGUUAUGGUUUUGGUAAGAUUGAUGCCUAUAAGUUGGUCGAAAUGGCCAAGACCUGGGUUAAUGUAAACCCCCAAACAUGGUAUUACUUGCCGACACUAUACGUUUCCAAAUCAACAAACUCUACAGAGGAGACCUUAGAAUCUGCGAUAAAUAUAUCGCAAGAGAACCUCAAAGAGGGCAAUUUUAAGAGAACUGAGCAUGUCACGGUCACCGUAGAUAUAGAUACGGAUUUCAGAGGGACCACAACUGUUGAUUUAAUAUCACCAGCGGGGAUAGUUUCAAAACUUGGUGUUGUGAGAUCAAGAGACGACUCGUCAGGCGGAUUCAAAGGUUGGACAUUUAUGUCUGUUGCACACUGGGGUGAAAGUGGUGCGGGUGAAUGGAAAAUCAAAGUCAAGACUACAGUAAAUGGUCAUAAGAUUAAUUUCCACAGUUGGAGAUUAAAGCUUUUUGGUGAAUCCAUCGACCCAUCAAAAACAGAAACGUUUGUUUUUGGAAAUGACAAAGAAGAAGUGGAGCCUGCUACCACAGAAGGGUCUAUAUCUGCAUCCUCUACCGGCACAGGCUCAACAUCCUCCACCGGCACAGGUUUCACAGCCACUACCGACACAGGUUCCACGGCCACUACUGGCACAGGUUCCAUGGCCACUACUGGCACAGGUUCCACGGCCACUACCUCGCUCGGUGUAGAAUCUUCAGCCGCUGCUACUAGUAUAACUGCCAUCACAGACCCUGAUUCAGACCCAAACACUCCCAAAAAACUCUCCUCUCCAAAUCAAGCCAUGCAUUACUUUUUGACCAUAUUUUUGAUCGGUGCUAUAUUUAUGGUAUUAUACUUUAUGUUUUUCAUGAAAUCAAGAAGGAGAAUCAGAAGGUCAAGAGCGGAAACUUAUGAAUUUGACAUCAUUGACACGGACUCCGAAUACGAUUCCACCUUAGAUAACGGUGCUUCCGGAAUUAUUGAGCCUGGAGAAGCGGAAGACUUUGAUUUCGAUCUUUCCGAUGAAGACCACCUUGCAAGCUUGUCUUCAUCUGAAAACGGCGAUGCUGAACAUACAAUCGAUAGCGUGCUGACAAACGAAAAUCCAUUCAGCGACCCUAUAGCGCAAGAUCCCCCAAAAGACAGUAGUGAGGAAACAGAUUCUAAUGGCUUACAAGGACCGUAG